GUAUAAUUCUUUUGAGGAACUUCUGUCUUUAUGGUUUGUUUGGUUGAAAUUUGAAGGGAAGGCAGGAUAUUCAUAUGUAACUCUUCUCUGUUCUAGAGCUCAGUGCAUAGACCAGGCUGACAUCCCACUCAGUGAGAUACAUCUGCCUCUGUCUCCUGAAUUUAGGGAUUAAAGGCGUGACCCAGUACACUCAGCUUGUUCAUUUUUAUUGUACUUAGUAAGUGUUCAUACAGUUUCUCUGAUGUGUACUCAGUACUGUUGAUUUGCUUCUUUGUUUCUUUCUAUGUGUGUUAAUUGGCGUUUCCCUUGCAGGGCUACAUUCUAUUCAGAGAGUACAGUAAUAUCCUUCUAAAAUGACUUGGUGAUUACAGUAGAACUUGUGUCUCAGGAAAUAAGUAGGGAAUGCGCCAGCAUUAUGAAUAUAUUGUCAAUGAAAUCUACAUGUCCUGUGUUGUCAGUAUCAUGAUUUCUGUUUACACAUGUACGGGAUAUUUUAGGAUUCAUUGACCUAUGAUGAUGUGCAUGUGAACUUCACUCGGGAAGAGUGGGCUUUGCUGGAUCCUUCCCAGAAGAAUCUCUACAAAGAUGUGAUGCUGGAGACCUACAUGAACCUCACUGCUGUAGGCUAUAAUUGGAAAGACCACAAUAUUGGAGAACAAUGCCAAGGUUCUAGAAGACAAGGAAGGUAUGAAAAAAGCCAUACUGGAGAGAAACCCUCUGAAUAUACUCAAUGGCUUAAAGCAUUUGCACAUCCCAGUCGUCUUCAAAGGCAUGAAAGAAUUCAUAUUGUACAGAAAUCUUACAAAUGUAGUCAGUGUGAUAAAGCCUUUUCACAACAGUAUAGUCUCCAAAUACAUAAAAAAACACACACUAGAGAGAAACUCUAUGAAUGUAGUCAGCGUGGGAAAUCCUUUGCACAUCACAGUCAUCUUGGAAAACAUGAAGAAAUUCAUACCAGAGAGAAACCCUACGAAUGUACUGAAUGUGGAAAAGCCUUUACACGUCGCACUUGUCUCCAAAGACAUAAAAGAACCCAUACUGGAGAGAAACCCUAUGAAUGCACACAAUGUGGUAAAGCCUUCUCAUGUCCCAGUUACCUCCAAAAACAUAAAAGGACACAUACUGGAGAGAAACGUUAUGAAUGUACUGAAUGUGGAAAAGCCUUUGCACGUCUUCAUGAUCUCCACAUUCAUAAAAGAACACAUACUGGAGAAAAACCCUAUGAAUGCAAGCAAUGUGGUAAAGCCUUUUCAUGUCCCAGGUAUCUCCAAAGACAUAAAAGGACACAUACUGGAGAGAGACCCUAUGAAUGUCCUGAAUGUGGAAAAGCCUUUGCACGUCUUUGUGAUCUCCACAUCCAUAAAAGAACACACACUGGAGAAAAACCCUAUGAAUGCAAGCAAUGUGGUAAAGCCUAUGCAUAUCACAGUUAUCUCCAAAUACAUAAAAGGACACAUACUGGAGAGAAACCCUAUGAAUGUACCGAAUGUGGAAAAGCCUUUGCACGUCUUUGUUAUCUCCAAAUGCAUAAAAGAACACAUACUGGAGAAAAACCCUAUGAAUGCAAGCAAUGUGGUAAAGCCUUUGCGUAUCACAGUUAUCUCCAAAUACAUAAUAGAACACAUACAGGAGAGAAACGCUAUGGAUGUCCUGAAUGUGGAAAAGCCUUUGCACGUCUUUAUAAUGUCCACAUUCAUAAAAGAGCACAUACUGGAGAAAAACCCUAUGAAUGCAAGCAAUGUGGUAAAGUCUUUGCAUAUCACAGUAAUCUCCGAAUACAUAAAAGAACACAUACUGCAGAGAAACCCUAUGGAUGUGAUCCAUAUGGUAAAGCCUUUUCAUGUCACAGUGAACUCCUAUAACAUAAAAGAAAAUAUAAUGAAUAAAUGUGAGCUAUAGAAUUAAGCCUGUGCAUGUAGCAGCAGUCUUCAAAAAUCAUGAGAAAAAGCCAUACUGCAGAGAAAAACCUAUAAAUGUAGUCAAUGUGGUAAAAUUUUACACUUCGUGCUAUCUUUAUAUAAGAGUAAAACCUUUAGUGUGUGAUGAGUCUGUUAAAAUCUUUGCAUAUCAAAGUAGUCUUUGAGGCCCUGAAAGGGCUGAGACUGAUUGCAUCCUAUGACUGUAAAGAAUUCGGAAAGACUUUCACCCAACACGUAUUAAGUUAUACAAGAUUAUUUCUUGUGGAGAAGA